AUGGCCCCCCAGACAGUUCCGUGCCAGUACAAGACCGGCAAGACAUUAGGAAGCGGUACUUACGCUGUCGUCAAAGAAUGCGUGCAUAUCGGUACUGGUGAUUACUUUGCCUGUAAGGUUCUCAACAAGAAGUUCUUGAUGGGCCGAGAACACAUGGUCAGGAAUGAGAUUGCUGUCCUCAAGCGUGUCUCGGCGGGUCACAAGAACAUUGUGCAACUGCACGACUUUUUUGAGACUACUCACAACCUCUACCUUGUCUUUGACUUGUGUACAGGCGGGGAGCUCUUUGACAGGAUCUGUGCUAGGGGAAGUUACUUUGAAGGCGACGCGGCCAACAUUGUCCGUACCGUCACGAAAGCCGUCAAAUACCUCCACGACCAAGGAAUCGUCCACCGGGACUUGAAACCCGAAAAUAUCCUUUUCAAGUCAAAGAAGGAAGAUGCGGAUCUCAUGUUGGCAGACUUUGGCUUGUCCAAGGUGUUGGACGAUGACAAGUUGACUAUUUUGACUACUACUUGUGGUACCCCUGGAUACAUGGCUCCUGAAAUAUUCCGAAAGGCCGGACACGGCAAGCCUGUCGACAUCUGGGCCAUCGGUGUUAUCACCUAUUUCCUCCUCUGCGGCUACACCCCCUUCGACCGUGACACCCAAUACGAAGAAAUGAACGCAAUCAUCAAUGGCGACUACCGAUUUGAGCCCCAAGAGUACUGGGCGGGCGUGUCUGAAACCGCCAAGCAGUUUGUGCGGGACUGUCUGACGAUCGACCCCACCAACAGGCCUACGGCGGACGGAUUGCUGCAGCACGAAUGGUUGAAGGAGGAUGUCGCGGUGAACGAGGUCAGCGCGUCAGGAAAGGGGGUGGAUUUGCUGCCGAACGUCAAGGCUGCUUUCGACGCCAAGAAGACUUUCCGGAAGGCUGUCCUUGGUAUGAUGGCCGUUCACAGGUUCCAAGACCACAGCGCGUCCUUCAGCGGGCAGCAUCAAACCGAUGCGGAGAAGGAGCAGUUCAAGAGGGAGGUCGAGGAGUACAAGCGGGAGGCUGCCAAGGAGGAUGUCCAGACCGUCAUCCAACCUGGAUCUGGCCCUGCCACCCCUCAAAUCUAG